ACGCAACUUCGGACUGGGGUGAGCUCAGACCUCCUCGCUGUCUGUAUCGAUGAAGUUGUUUCAAAGAUGGCGGAUUUCCUGCCGUCCCGUUCCCUCUUAUCUGUAUGUUUCCCUAACUGUCUCCUCACAAGCGGCGAGGCAGAACAGUUGCGGAAAUCUAAAGAGAUAGAUAAGUGUAUUAAUCGAGAUAAGACUUAUGUAAAAAGGCUAGUGAAGAUCUUAUUGCUUGGAGCUGGCGAGAGUGGAAAGUCCACUUUCCUCAAGCAGAUGCGCAUUAUCCAUGGGCAGGACUUCGACCAGAAGGCAAAAGAAGAAUUCAGAGCUACGAUUUUUAGUAAUGUUAUAAAAGGUAUUCGAGUGUUGGUGGACGCUCGAGAGAAGCUACACAUCCCAUGGGGAAACCCACCCAACCAGCAGCACGGGGACACCAUGAUGGCAUUCGACACCCGGUCAGCUAUGGCCCACGGUCACGGCAUGGUUGAACAAAAAGUAUUUCAGCACUUCCUGCCAUCCAUCCGGGCCCUAUGGGCAGAUGAAGGCAUCCAGAAUGCAUAUGACCGCCGUCGGGAGUUCCAGUUGGGGGAGUCGGUUAAGUAUUUCCUGGACAAUUUGGAAAAGCUUGGACUGUCGGACUACCUCCCUAACCAACAAGACAUUCUCCUGGCCAGAAAACCUACAAAAGGCAUUCAUGAGUAUGACUUCGAGAUCAAGAACGUGCCCUUCAAGAUGGUGGAUGUUGGCGGUCAGCGGUCUGAGAGGCGACGCUGGUUUGAAUGCUUUGACUCAGUUACUUCCAUCCUCUUUCUCGUUUCUUCCUCUGAAUAUGACCAGGUGCUGAUGGAGGACCGGCAGACCAACCGUCUAAGCGAGUCCCUCAACAUCUUUGAGACCAUUGUCAACAACAGGGUGUUUGGCAAUGUCUCCAUUAUCCUGUUCCUAAACAAGACAGACCUGCUGGAGGAUAAGGUGAAGCAGGUAUCCAUCAAAGACUACUUCCCAGAGUUCUCAGGGGACCCUAGGAGCCUGACAGACGUCCAGCGCUUCCUAGUGGAAUGCUUUCGCAAAAAGCGCCGCGAGCAGCAGCAGAAGCCACUAUACCACCACUUCACCACAGCCAUCAACACUGAGAACAUCCGGUUGGUGUUUCGUGAUGUCAAGGACACCAUCCUGCACGAUAACCUCAAACAGCUGAUGCUACAGUGAGGAGGCCUACGAAGAGGAGGAGGAGGGCUGGGUGGAGGGAAAAUGGGUGUCAUGUUGCCUUUCUUAACACACACACACACUCAAGCCUGUAGGGGGAGCAGGCAGCAACCCUCCAACCAUCCCUCCUUCUUCCUUUCAUUUGAGCUGCUCCUCAAUUUUGAACUUUGACUGUGUAUUUAACCCACCACUACUACAGCCAUUCCCCCCCAUGCCUGCUCUCUGCCUUACUGAGCUUGUUCAUUGUGACUUGUAACAGCGGCCUUUGGCUCAGAGCCCAGACCAUCCUUUGAAACCACUAUAAAUGACUUCUAACCCCCACCUUCUCUCCACACUCUGCAGUGGACCUCCCCCAAUACCUUUACUGGAUUUCCUCCUUUCAUGUUGCCCUCAAAUCCACACACUGUUCCAUUUUAUUUGCUGCUCAGACUGCUGUUGUAGAGGAGGGAGAAGGAGAAGGAGAAGGAGAGGGGGAGGGGUUUGUUUUAUUGUUGUAUGUUGUUACUGUGUAGCCUUCAAGGCCGCCUGCGGAUGCUGGCGACAUCAGCAACUGUUGCCAGGUAUUGCCUUUUUUUUUUAUCCGUACUUCUUUUGUUUUGUCUCUAGUUUCUGCCUUCCACUGACGCUUGGUGAUGACAUCACUGGGCUGGGGUGGGGAUUUCCUCUAGAGGCAGCCGAACAGGAAAGAACAGCACUAACACUCUUGCUCGCGCGCGCACACACGCAGGCACACACGCACGCACGCAGGCACACACGCACGCACACACACACACACACACACACACACACACACACACACACACACACACACACACAGAGAUAGGAAUUCCUGUUCUACAGUCCACAUAGUUCUUCUUUUCUAAUCAUUACGUUGCUUUUUCUAACACAUGAAUAUACUGUAUUGCAUUUUUCUUUAACUUCUACUUUAUAGGGGUUUACUUUCAGUGGAUUUGUGGCUGCUGAUGGACUCUGUUACAGUUAAUUACAUGGGAGGGUUAGGGAGCACAAACACAAACACGUAGAUCACUUGUAAAAAUGAAACACUGUUUUAUGGCUAGCUAAUGCAGCAUUAGGAGUGACACGUCAGAUUUUCAGUUUCUCAGGGCACAUUGUGAACCACUUUGCCAACUAAAAUUCACGUGUCUCUGACCUCUUCAUGAUUCAAAAAGACUUGUCUUUCUCUGCUUUUGUCAUCAGAGAGGGGCAAUCCACAACCAAGGCAAUAUACUAUACCUAAGACCCUAUGAUUUCGGUGAUGCAGAAAAAGCAGAGGGAAUAAUGGAAAUUACUUAAAGAAUAGGAAUCAACUUUAAAAGAAAAGAAAACAAAGAAAUCAACACUUGCAGUUUAAUUUUUGAGCAGAGAAAUAUGCAAACAUCUGCUUAGAGACAGAAACAAAAGGAUGUGAUGUUUAUAGUUAUAGUUAUUGUACAUUUUCAAUGUUAUAAAAGAGUGCCAUUUUGAGCUUAACCAAAUUUAUCAAAAUUCCUCAACUUUUUUAAACUGAAUUGUGGAAGUUUACUCAUCCACUCCAGCUUAGAUGCUCCUAUCAUAAAAGAAGAACACAGAGUUUUUAAAGAAAUUAAAAUGGAAACGGAUUAUUUAGAAAAAAUCAAACAGACCUCAAGUUUUCAUCAUGAUUGGAUCUCGCAAUGUAUUCAAGGGUCAAAGCAGCCAGGGAAUGGAACUACAGGUGCUGAAGUUAGAGCUUCUAGGAAGCCAAGAUCAACCCUCAGGGCCAACACUGGUGCUUUUCUCCAUGAUCCUUAAAAGUCCUGCAAUUUCCAAAAAUGAUGUUUGGCAUUCAAGUAGCAUUCCUACUGCUAAUUUUUGUAUGCAAUUAAUGUCUUUUUCUAUGUGAGGGAUCCAUGGUAUUCUUUUAUAGAACAACGUUUUAUUUGCUUUGCCAAUAUUUUCAUAUUGUUGUAACAAAGAUGACGCCCCAUAUAUGACAAUUCAACAAAUGAACUCCUGAACUAUGCUCCUUUUCUUAAAGGUACCACUUACUGCUGUCUGUUUCUCUCUUCCAUCCAAUCUAAGGUUAAAAAAGGGACAAAGCCAGCCUUUAAGUCACUUCUACAUCUCUGGCUGCCCUUAUUGUUAUGUACAAGUUCUGUAUAAUUCACAGUGUCCUCUUAACUCCUCCUCUAAUGUCAAAUGCAUCAGUAUUUAUCUCUCACACCAAGUUUUCUCUUGUUUCUAACAGCAGAUUUACCCCCCAUGCACAUAUGUAUUUAUGACCAUAGUGUUACAUUUGAUUUUACUACUUUUUUAUGGUGUGUAUUUAAAGCAGAGGUGUUAAAAGGCACAGGUAUUCCUAAACUUUCUCCAGAUUUGUUGUGGCUAUGAAACACCAAAGUCCUCAAUGACAGGCUUCACUUGUCCAUGCCAACAUUUCAACAUAAAUAGGACAGUAUGAUCAAGGUGAUAAUUAAAUGCACAAGUUACAAA